UAUUUCGGGCCCAGCCGCUCGGCUCCUCCUGGAAUGGGGGCGCUGGGGUUCCUGUUUGCCGCGCACAGCUCACGCCCUGCACUUCCUCCUUGGGAAGCAGCGACUCCCAUGUGAAAGGAGAAGCAGCCUGCGAGCGGCAGGGAGAACCGAGCCGGGCCCUGCUGCCAGGAGAGGGACGCUAGCAGACUGCUCAGCCUCCAGCCCCCCGGCCGCCCCCCAGAGAUCCCCACCCAGGUGCCAUGGCCGGAGCCGGAGAACUCCUCCGCAUGAUCCAGGACUUAAGGGACACCGUCGGGGACCUCAAGCAGAACUACAAGGAGCGGAGGUUGCCAGUCACUGACGGCAGCCGGGAGCUUCACGGGCUCUGUGCCCAGCUGGAAUUCCUGCUCCAGUUUGACCUGAAGGAGAAGAGGAGUUUCUUCGGGCAGCGGCGGGAUUACUGGGACUUCCUGUGCCAUGGGCUCGCGAGCCGGCGCCAGGGGCACGAGGGCGUGCGAUUUGUCAGCUCCCUGGAGAAGCUCAGGACCCCUGUGGGGAAGGGCCGAGCCUUCAUUCGCUACUGCCUGGUGCACCGGCAGCUGGCGGAGACGCUGCAGCUCUGCGUCCUGGACCCCCAGAUGACCAGUGAAUGGUACUACGCCCGGAGCCCCUUCCUGCACCAGCAGCUGCGAGCCGACAUCCUGGCCUGCCUCUACGAGCUGGACGGCGUCACCUUCCACCUGGCCCUCAAGAGAGCUGACCUGGACGCGGCCUGGCCCAUGUUCUCCGAGACUCUGUCCAGAUCCUCCAGCCAAAGGCCCGUGACCAGCCAGAAGGAGGGGCCGGCUUGGCCUGUUGGGAACCCAGCUGGAGUCCACGAGAAACACCACGGAGCCAGGAGAGGACCCCAGGAAGAGCCCCAGCUCCCGGGACAGGUCAGCCAAUCCCCGGGGCUUAGCACUGAUGACCCGUUCCAGCCCAGACUGGAAGAGUCCAGGGAACAUACGGCAACGGCAGCCUCUUUGGAGAGGAGCCCGGACAACGGGCGACAGGCGGGUUCCCAGCAGCGGGGCUCGGAGGCGGCUGGAGACGCAAAGCCAGAGGCUGAGCUCCGGAGGGUUAACGCCCAGCUGCAGCUGCAGGUCGAGGCGCUGGGCAGGGAGCUGGAGUCCAUGUCGGUUCAGGAAGCGCAACGCCACCGCCAGGAGCAAGACAGGCUGCAGCAGGAGGCAGCCCAGCGCUGCAGCCGCCAGGCGGAGGAGCAGGCCAGGCAGAUCCGGGAGCUCCAGGACUCCAAGGCCUUCCUGAGCGACACGCUGGAGGAGAUGGACGUGCUGGUGAACGCCCUGAGGCGGCAGCUGUCCCAGAAGGAGGAGGAGACGGCGUCCCUGCAGGCGCGGCACGGAGCCAGGCUGGCAGCGGGGGAGAAGCGUCAGCAGGAGCUCGCCGAGCGGCUUUCCCAGGCGACGCGCGACGCCGAGCAAGAGGCGGCCGCGGCGGCCGGCCUGCGCCGGGAGGCUCGGGCCGCGGCCGAGGCCCUGGCGGAGGCCGAGCGGCGGCUGAGAGCGCAGGAGGCCGAGAGGAGGGAGUACCUGGCGGGAGCAGAAGCCCAGGAGCUGAGGCACCAGCAGUUGCUGUCGCGGUGCCAGCGACUGCAGGAGAAGCUGAGUGCGAGCGAGGGGAGGCUGGAGGAGACGGAGGCCCAGGUGGCGGCUCUGCGGCACCAGCUCAGCCAGGGGCAGCGGGAAGGGCCCAGCGGCAGCCCCCCGCUCGGCCCGGAGGAGGAGACGGCCCAGAGGGCCGCGCUGGAAGGCAGGCUCCGGCAGGCCGAGCUGCAGGCCGAGGGGCUGAGAGAGAAGCUGGAGCGGGGCCUGGCGGAGGGACGGGAGCUGGAGAGGGAGCGAGAGGCCCUGCUGGAGUCGGCGGUGUCUCAGGGGCAGAGCCUGGCGGCCGCCCGGCUGGAGGCUCAGGAUCUCCAGAAAGAGCUGGCUGCACGGCAGGAGCGAAACGCCUCCCUCCAGGCGGCUUUGGCGCACGCGGAGAGGGCGCUGAUGGACAAGGAGGAAGGGGCGCGGGGCCUGCAGGAGGAGCUGGAGGGGCAGUCAGCCAAGCUGCAGGACGCCCUGGCCGAAAACGCCGCUGUGGCCUCCCGGCUGGCGGAAGCCACCGCGGGCUUCGCGCGCGAGAAGGCCCAGCUGGAGGCGCGAGGGACCGAGGAGCGAGCCGGGCACGAGAGGGCUGUGGCCGAGCUGAGGAGGCGGCUGGCGGAGUGCGAGGAGCAAAGGCGGGCGGAGGGAGAGGAGAAACAGCAGCUCCAGGCCGUGCUGCAGGGAGCCUCCGAAGAGAGAGACGUCCUGGCCAAGCAAGUGCAAACCACAGCGGCCGCCCUGGAGAGCCGUGCCCGGGAGGCAGGCGAGCUCCAAGACGAGCUGGAGGACACCCGGCGGCAGGACGCGCUGGCCCGGCAGAAGGAGGAGAGCGACGGGCAGAUGGUGGCGCUCCGGCUCCAGGUGCAGACGUUGGAGCUGGAGAAGCAGAGAGCCGCCGACGCGCUGGAGCAGGCCAGGGGGCAGCUCGCCGCCGUGCUGGCGGAGAAGGACGCCUUGGAGGAGACGCUGGCCCGAGCUGCCGCGGAGCUGGAGCGGGCGGGGGGAGGCGACUGGCCGGAAGCUGGGGAUGAGGGACCCCUGGGGCUGGCCAGAGGACGGGGCGCAGCGGAGGAGAAAGCGGCUGGAGGGGGUGUGCCGCAGAUGGGCAAGCAGGUGCUGGCAGGGGAGCCGCCGGAGGACCUGGGGACAGCGGCCAUGCUGGAGAAGGCCAGGCCAGAGCAGAAACCAAGGAAGAGUGUCGAAGAGAUGGUGAAGCACCUGACCACCCACCUGGAGAAGGCGAUGGGGGAGGCCCAGCAGAAAGGGCAGCGGCUAACGGCCAAGGAGGAGGAAGCCAAGCAGCUGGCGGAGCAGCUGGGCAGGGCCCGGCAGGACGGGGAGCAGUUGAGGCUGGCGCUGGAGAGAGCACAGAGAGAAGCCAAAGAGCGAGACAAGAAACACCUAGGGCAGCUGACCGAGCAGCAGGAGCUGGUCCGGGAGGUGAAGGGUCGGCUGCUGGAACUGCUCCGGGAGAAGGACGCCUUGUGGCAGAAGACAGAGGGCAUCAACUCCCGGGCCCCCAGCGUGGUGCCCCAGGACCUCAGCCUGUGCGCCCGCUGCAGCCAGGACUUUGGGUUUCUCUCCCGCAGGUACCAGUGCAGGCUGUGCCAAGGCACCGUCUGCCAGGCAUGCUCGGUGGAGAGCGGCAGGAGGGAGCGCUGCUGUCUGCUCUGCUGGCAGAAGAGGAAUUUCAAGGGCACCUGAGCAGGGCCCGCGUCCCGUGCGCCCUGCCUCCAGCUGGGGAGACCGUUCCUGGCACCGACCUGCCUCUCCGUGUGGGACCGGGGCGUCUGUAACCCUUCCCGUGCCCCCGCGCUGGCGACGGGGCAGCGGCUAGAACCUGUUGGGCUGGGCCCGCACUCGGCCCUGCAGACGUUUCCCCGCGUCCUGGCCCGGGGAGACCAUUCCGGUGCAGAGACCCGGCCAGGUCCAGGCCCUUCAGCCCUGGGGGCGCCUUAAAAUGAAUGGCAGCCGUGCAUAUUUUAGCUCCCUCUAGUGGCUGGCCCACAUAGAGGAUAACAGCCUACUACUGCUAACGGAGUUGUUCAGGCGGCACGAGGCUGGGCUGUGGUGCUGAAGGUCCCGGGUUCGGAGCCUGCUGACGGCUCACGAAGCGGGUCAGUCCAUAAACUCGUGGCUUGAGCAGGGCUGCUAGUGAAGGUCUCUGAUCUGUGACAAAAGGAGGCCAGGCCCCACAGGGGCUUUGAUGUGCAAUUACACUGAGCAAAGCUG